AUGCAGCAGCAGCAGCAGCAGCAGCAGCAGCAGCAGCAGCAGCAGCGGGAGGAGCAGCAGCAGGAAGAAGAAGAAAUGCAGCUGCAGCUGCUGCAGCAGGAAGAGAAACAGCUGCAGCUGCGGCAGCAGCAGCAGCAGCAGCAGCAGCAGCAGCAACAGCAGCAGCAACUGCAGCAGCAAGAGGGAGACAGUAACAACUGCUGCAACCAUGCUGCAGCAGCAACAGCAGCAACAGCAGCAGCAGCAGCAGCAGCAGCAACUCCUGCUGCAGCAGCAGCAUUUCCUCUGAGCGCAUCAGCAGCAGCAGCAGCAGCAGCAGCAGCAGCAGUUCCCCCACCAGCCCCACCACCAUCACCAGCAGCAGCAGCCCAACCACCAUCACCAUCAGCAUCAUCAGCAGCAUCAUCAGCAGCAGCACCAGCACCAGCAGCAGCAGCAGCAGCAGCAGCAGCAGCAGCAGCAGCAGCAGGAGAACCCUACUGGAUCAGCAGCAGAGAGAGAAUACUGAGGAGGGUUUUGCGUUUGGGGUGUUUAAGCUUUCAUCUUGUCUUUGAUGCUGCACAAGCAAACCAGGACCUACACUACCUCACCCGCGAGGGUUUACUGUCUCCGGCGGAGAGGAAGCAGCAGCAGCAGCAGCAGCAGCAGCAGCAGCAGCAGCAGCAGCAGCAGCAGAACGAGCACCUAUACCGUGUGACCUAUCAAAUUCACCGUCUGCAUCAGCAGCAGCCGAAGCUGCAGCAGCUGCAGCAGCAGCAGCAGCAGCAGCAGCAGCAGCAGCAGCAGCAGGAUCAGGGGCUGUUCUACCCCCACAAACCCUCAGAUCUCUCGGUUAACUCAAUCAGCUUCCCCCGCCAGGUGUAUGUGCAGCAGCUCGAGGCUGAGGGCCGCGCGUUUUGUGUUGCUGCUGCAGCAGCAACAACUCCCCCAAAGAAGCAGCAGCUGCUGCUGCAGCAGCAGCAGCAGCAGCAGCUGCUGCUGCAGCAGCAGCAGCGCGAGCAGCAGUGGGGAUUCAACCCCAGGCUCAUGCCAGAAGAGAUUGCUGCAGAGACAGCAGCAGACUUCAUCGAGCUGCAGCAGCUGCAGCAGCUGCAGCAGCUGGAGCAGCGGCUGCUAGAGCAGCAGCAGCAGCAGCAGCAGCAGCAGCAGCAGCAACAAGGAGACAGCUGCGGCUGCCCCGAGACACAGCCGCUGCUCACCAGCCCCGUUUGA